ACUUGAGCUGCGGUUUCUAACAGAUGAGGCUUAAUCAUGAUGGCUUCUCGUGGUAUAUUAGGGAGUCUCUGGAUGUUGGCCUGUUUUGGACAAUAUUUUGGUCAAGAUCUACAGCUUCCUGAGCUGCCUCCAUUAGUAGAAGGCCAAAGCGUGACUUUCACCCCAGUAAACCCACCAUUGACAUGGCGUCAAACUACAUGGAUUUACAACACAGGUCCUUCUAUAAUUACAGCAGCCUCUGGUGCAGUUAUAGUACACCCUGACUAUGAAGGAAGAGUCAGGUUCGACUCAAACACUCUUGCGCUGGAGCUCUGGAACCUGAAACAGAGUGAUUCUGGAAUAUACAAACUGGAGGUAGUACCUGGUCCUGGUAUGAUAUUUACAGCAGAAACUUCACUACAGGUGUUUGAUGGCAUAAAUAAUGUGAGGCUCAUUGAACCAGAAGAAUCAUUAAUCGAGGGUGAAACAUCUGCUAACAUCACAUCUGAGGGAAGCGGCACCAUCACCUCUGUGCAGUGGAUGAAAGAUAACAGUCCUCUGUCUCCUAGCGGCAGCAUCAUCUUUUCAUCUGAUAACAGAUCAGUGUCCAUCAGUCCAGUGCAGAGAUCAGACGCUGGAGAAUAUCAGUGUACAUACAGUAACCCUGUCAGCUCUGAGACGGCAAAACUCACCCUGACCAUCAACUAUGGACCAGAUGGUGUUUCUAUUAGGGCUCCAGAUGUGGUGAAUUUAGGGGUUCAAGUGUCUCUGUCUUGCUCUGCAAAUUCUGAACCUGUUGCUUCAUUCAGCUGGAUGUUUAAUGGGUCAGACACUGGUGUGACCACAGACAAAUUCACCAUUGAUAAGACUGAUUUCACAGACAGUGGAGAAUACAUCUGUACAGCCUUUAAUAGAGUCACAAACAAAAAAGAAUUUAAAACACAUGCUUUAAUAGUUCAAGAGGCUGAUGGCAGAGGAGGAGGAGGACUGUCAGCAGGAGCAAUAGCUGGGAUUGUCAUUGGGGUUUUAGUGGCAGUUGGAGGAAUCUGUGGUCUUAUUGUCUAUUUAACAAAAACCAAGAAAAUCCCAAAACUAAGCCACCGCUCAAAUGGUCAAGCAAGUGGAGCAGCACAAAGAGGACAAGAUGCUGAGCUGAACUAUGCAGACAUCAGCCAUUUCCAGAAGAAUAGUGGAGAGAGAGUGGUUCUGGGAGACAUGAAUGAACCAAGGACAGAGUAUGCAGAAGUAAAACGUGGAUCAAAGUUGAGGGCUGCUCCACCUCCUUAUGGAAGUCAGGUAUCGAACCCUCCUCCUGUGCGCAGACCUCUACUGUCACCUCAAGAGGAUGGUGCUCAUGUAUGAUUUCAUCCCUCUACUCCAUUUAUGAGCACAUAAAAUUACUGUAUUACAACCCACACCUUGAUACAACCAUUGAGGCCUCAUUUAUAAAAUGUUGCCUAAAAAUCCUUCAUUUGAUCUAAGAUCUCUUCUCGAAUGUGCAAACAUGGUUUAGAUAAACUAAAGUACACUCUCAGAAAUAAUUUGCGAGUUGUCAUUGGGGUGGUACCUUUUCAAAAGCUACACAUUUGUACCUUAAAGGUCCAUAUUAAUACCUCAAGGGUACAUAUUAGUGCAUAAAAAAUACAAGUGUUCCUCUUUUAGUUAGUAAUAUAUACUUUGGAGGUACGAAUAUAGACCCUAUACGUACAAAUGUGUACCUUGAAAAGGUACCACCCCAGUGACAACUCGCGUACCUUUAUUACUGAAAGUGUAUGCACAAAAAUACAUGAGUAUGCCAGAGGUAAAAUCCAAAUGAUCUUGAAAUUUUGUUAAGCAAAUGGUUUUAAUCUCAAACUUUUUUUUCUUUAUUAACGAGAACCAGCAUGUACAGUUUUAUAAUACAACAAAAUCACUUCACAUUCCUUUUAAAUGAGAAGAAGAAAUUAAAUUAAAAAUAAAUAAUAAAAACAGAGGAGAGGGUUUAUCAAAUUACAUAAAAAUAUAUUACACACAUUUUUACAAUUUUAGUUAUUAACAAGAGUUAUUAAAUGCACUUUUACUACAGGAAAUGCAUAUACGCUUUUAUGCAAAAAUGUUAAAGGAGGAGCAAAUAUUAACUGUUUUAAUAGCUUUUCUAUUUUUAGACUUAGAAAUCACUUUUAUAUACAUUUGAAUCUCUUUUUCUAGCACCAUGAAGAAAGGUUUGCUUUUGUCAAACUUUGAUUUAUGCAUGUAAAAUUUACAUAAUAAUAAAAUAAAGUUUAAUUUCAAACUUACUCAGCGGGUUAGCAUGCAAAUCCUUUGCUUAAGGAUAGUGAGCAGCAAGAAUUGCUUACAGUGCAACCAAAAUGUCUGGUUAGAUACUUCAUUAGGUCUUAACUUAAUUCAUGAUCAGUAAAAUAGUAUAUAUGGAAUGAAUGUACUUUAUGUCCCAUGUUGUUGCUAUUUGCAUUGUUUUCACUUCUAUUCAUAAACAAUAAUAGCCUAAUCAGCGAAGUUGAGUUAGCGAAAUCUCUGUUUAAUGCAAUUUUAGAAACUUGGCUUUAGUAGAUCAUCCGGUUACUUUUUUACAUAAAUAUUAAGAAUUUAUAUAUACUAACAAACUAAUAUACUGUUUUGCACACACAAUAUGUCAGGGAUGUAUGUGAUAUUGUAUACAGCAUUAGGAAAAUGUGGGGUACUUGUUUAAAAACAAACUGUUGGUAUGGAACUUAGUAUAUGCACACUUUAGGAUUAUAUUUGGGCAUACAUGUUUUAUAAAUGAAGUCUCUGGUCUCCCUUCUAGCAUAUUUUUAUCACACAUUCCUUUAUAAAAUAUCCAUCAUUUGUUCUACAUAACCACAAGCUUUUAAUUGUAACUUGUUUCACACUGGACAGUUUUCAUUAUCAGAUCAUUCAGAAUGAAACUGCAACAAAUGUGUAUACAGCAUGUGUGUAUUAAAUGUUUUAAAUAUCUAUUAUCUGCAUCCUGAUGUACUGUUUAUCUAAUUAUUUCUCUUAUUUUCCACAUUUCAAAAUCAAAUGUAAUAGUUCAUUCUUAUCUUUAGACAAUUUGUUUACCAAAUAAUGUGUAAUAUUUAUAGACUGAUACAGUACAUCAAACAGAUUGUCGGAAAUCAUCAGAUCGAUUUUCAUUCUUUCCUUCCCGCAUGGGCAAGUAAAAGAAGAUAAAUGUGUGAUAGCUGGUAAUGAAAAAUAGUUUACAUUCAUGUCUAAAAUCACCUUUAGACCUGAACACAUCACUCACGGAGAUGAAAUAAGGAAGCAGCAUUCUGUUCUGGUCGUAAACAGUAUGUUUUUCUGGACAAUUUUAUGUGGAUGUUGUUUCUAUCUGAUUGUUAUUUAUGAUUCAUGGUGACUUUGUCAUAAGAAUUUUAUCUGCUCUAAAUAAAGAGUUCAUUUGUUGUUCA